GUGAAGAAACAAAUCUGAGUCCGCACUCAGUAGAGGCCGAGGAAUUUGAGGGGGGAGAGUCUUCUACUCUCUCUUCGUUUCUCCUCCGUCUUCAAAUCCCAAAUCCCAAAUCCCAAAUCCCAAAUCCCAAAUCCCUGGUUUAGGGAUGAUGGGAGAAGUUGGGAGGCGGUAGAGAUAAGGAGAACGAGGGCGAGGGUCAGGGAGAAAGGAUGGGCUCGAAGAUGGAAGGUCCUUCGGCGCCUGCCGUUCGUAGAGAUCCUUAUGAGGUGUUGAGCGUAUCAAGGGAUUCGUCUGACCAGGAGAUCAAGACGGCGUAUAGAAAGCUUGCUCUCAAGUAUCAUCCUGACAAAAAUGCCAGCAAUCCUGAGGCUUCAGAACUUUUCAAAGAGGUUGCAUAUUCCUACAGUAUAUUGUCAGAUCCAGAAAAGAGAAGGCAGUAUGACAGUUCUGGGUUUGAGGCUCUUGAAACUGAUGGCAUGGAUAUGGAGAUUGAUUUAUCCAACCUGGGGACUGUCAAUACAAUGUUUGCGGCACUAUUUAGCAAGCUGGGUGUCCCAAUCAAGACUACAAUUUCUGCUAAUGUUCUAGAAGAAGCUUUAAAUGGCACAGUCACUGUUAGACCGCUUCCAAUAGGAACAUCAGUGAGCGGAAAGGUUGAAAAACAAUGUGCCCACUUCUUUGGUGUAACAAUCAAUGAACAACAAGCUCAGGCAGGGAUAGUAGUUAGAGUUACAUCAGCUGCUCAAAGUAAAUUUAAGCUACUAUAUUUCGAGCAAGAUGCCAAUGGUGGUUAUGGGUUGGCUUUACAGGAAGAUAGUGACAAGGCUGGUAAGGUAACAUCUGCGGGGAUGUAUUUCUUACAUUUUCAAGUAUACCGGAUGGAUUCAACUGUGAACGCGUUAGCUGUGGCUAAGGACCCUGAAGCUGCCUUCUUCAAAAAAUUGGAAGGCCUACAACCUUGUGAAGUCUCUGAACUAAAAGCUGGAACUCACAUAUUUGCUGUUUACGGAGAUAACUUUUUUAAGCCUGCUACCUAUAUCAUAGAGGCUAUUUGUGCGAAGACAUAUGAAGAAACUACUGAAAAGCUUAAAGAGAUUGAAGCUCAAAUUUUAAGGAAGAGAAAUGAGCUUCGCCAAUUUGAGACGGAAUACAGAAAGGCAUUAGCCCGCUUUCAGGAAGUCACCAACAGAUACACCCAAGAAAAGCAAUCUGUUGAUGAACUGCUUAAACAGAGAGAUACUAUUCAUUCUGCAUUUACCAUAGCCAGGGCAGUCAGUACUGUUAGUGGGAGUGGCAGCAGCAGUAGCCAAGUACCUGGGGAUGAGUUUAAGGCCGAGAGCCCAGGAGAUGAUGGAGCAGAUGGGAAAGAUAAAUCAUCAAAGAAGAAAUGGUUUAAUCUCGGUAUGAAAGGUUCUGAAAAAAAGCUUGGUUAAAACUGAGGAUUCAUCCAGAAGUGACCAAUUUGCUUCCAGCGAAGUCCAGCCUUAUUCCUUUCAUUUGAUUUCUUUUUUCUCCUUUUCUUUUUUCACUUCUUUUUCUCUCCUGUUACUUUUUCUGGAUGGACAUUACGACUUUGUCAUGCAAGAUGUCUCAAUGUGAAGAAAUUUGUAUCCAUAUAUAUACUUUUUUUCAUUAAACUUAGUUGAUCCUCAUCUCCCAUAUUGUUGGUGUAGCAAUUUCAAUAUAUAGAGCUGUGAAAUAGUAAUAAAAUUUUUUUCUUUUGGUUUUA